AGCUUACUUGAAUUUAUUUUGAAGCUGGCAACGCUGUCGCAAAAUACGACAGACGCUGCUUUUUGCGUGCGCCUGGAAAACUUUAUGUUAGAAAUUUGUCAAAAUAUAUACAAAAUACGGCAUUGAACGAACUUCGCUGCAAACGGCACGCAAGAAAGGCUAAUCGUUUUAAACAGCAGCUCAAUACUGUAGCAACGUAAUGGCCGAAUAUUUGGCAUCUAUUUUUGGCACAGAAAAGGACAAAGUCAACUGCUCGUUUUACUUUAAAAUCGGAGCGUGCCGGCAUGGCGAUCGCUGUUCACGCAUACACAAUAAGCCGACAUUUUCGCAAACGGUGCUGCUGCAAAAUCUCUACGUAAAUCCUCAAAAUUCAGCGAAAUCGGCGGACGGCUCACAUUUGGUAGCGAACGUCUCCGACGAGGAGAUGCAGGAGCAUUACGAUAAUUUCUUUGAGGAUGUUUUCGUCGAGUGCGAGGACAAGUACGGAGAAAUUGAAGAGAUGAACGUUUGCGAUAAUCUGGGAGACCAUUUAGUUGGCAAUGUGUACAUCAAAUUCCGUAAUGAGGCCGACGCCGAAAAGGCGGCAAAUGAUUUGAACAAUCGUUGGUUUGGCGGACGACCGGUUUAUUCGGAAUUGUCGCCGGUUACCGAUUUCCGUGAGGCCUGCUGCAGACAGUACGAAAUGGGUGAAUGCACACGUUCCGGCUUUUGCAAUUUUAUGCACUUGAAGCCCAUCUCUAGAGAGUUGCGGAGGUACCUUUAUUCGCGUCGGCGACGCAAUCGUUCGCGUUCCCGUUCUCGUUCCGGUGGACCGCGGCGACGAUCACGAAGCCGGUCGCCGCGCCGUCGACGCGAAGAUCGUGGCAUCGGCGGCGGCACUGACCGUGGCGGCGAGCGCGGCAUUGUUGGCGGCACGGAUCGUGGCGGUGAACGUGGUAUUGGAGGUGGCACGGAUCGAGGCGACCGUAAUAACGAUCGUGAUGGCAACGAUCGAGAUAGACGUAAAGGAGGAGGAAGUGGUGGCGGCGGAGGAGGAGGGGGUGGCGGUCGAUAUUAAUGGUCCAA